GUUUGACGAAGUCUUAAUUGGUGAAGUUGCAAAAAGACCACCAUUGUAUGACCAUCGGCUCCCAACAAAAGAAAGGCUUAAAUUAAAGAUGCAGGUUUAUUGGACAGAAAUACAAAAUACUGUAGGAUUGCAAUAUUCAUUAGACUACAUACAAAAACGUUGGAAACAAUUGCGCGAUGAAUAUGUACGAGCCCGCAAAAAAGUCAUGGCAUAUAAACCAAGUGGAACGGAAGGUGAAGAGUCCGUGCGGCCAUCGUUUAAACACUAUACAUCAAUGACGUUUUUAAAUGAUGUAUUAGAUCGUGCGCCAACAAUUUCGAAUAUAGUGCAACCAGGCGGUUCUAGGGAGCCUACACCAAGGGGUUCCAGGGAGCCUACUCCAGGAGGUUCGAGGGAGCCUACUCCAGGAAGGUCUAGCGAACAUACAAAAAGAUCAGCAAGUGAGCAACAUACUCCAACAUCUAAGAGAAAAAAAACUGAAGAUGAUAUACAGCAAGCUUUAUUGAAAGUUUUACAAAGCGAAGACAAAUUAGAUCCUGUUGAUGGUUUUCUUCUUCGCUUAGGCGAGGGACUACGCCAGUUACCAUACAGAAACAGAGCCCGGCUAGAAAUACAAUUUUUAACGUUAGUGCAAGACGAACUGGAAAGUUUGCCGUAAAUAAUAAGCC